CCUUAGCAAUGCUGCGUGAGAUGAAUCGGAUGUGGUGGUAAUAUCCCAGAUUUUCUUCUCUGAGACAGGAGUGCGUGUCGAUCUGGAGCUCCUCAGACAUGCGUAUAUAGGGAAACCAACUUUUAGCCAACCUUCCCGCACAAUCCCUUUACGAGUACUUCACUCUCACUUUCAUUUCAAGACAGACAGAAGACACCAGACAACUGUGACGGGACAAUCCGAGCUCUUGACAAUGGCUUCCAACUAUACGCAACGCGCAAAGCGUUGGAAAACGACCCCAUACCUCGCAGAAUGGAUCUGUAACGUCUUCUAACAUUGUACUUCUCCGUCUGGUCGAAAAGAAUGGGAAGAAUGGGUUCUGGCUUUACUCGGUGAAGACGAAGGAAGAGCCAUAAUUUCUCAUCCGUUUUACAAUAGAAGACCUUUCAGGUAUCAACCUUGGCUGACGGGUCUAGAGUUGGUUUUCCACCUUGCUGGAAACGCAUUAGGCGCCCAUUUUCAGGUACUUUCACUGUAUCAUAUGUUCUGUUCAGUACGGUCGAUAUGUCGGCCUCCGAGAACACUCCCCAGUAUCAGACGACGACGUGGCGAAAGCUCACUUGAAUGGCUCAGACGUCGGCAUAUUGCGGACUUGGCAGGUCACCGACCGCCCAACAUCGAUAUAAACUUGCUACGUGCCGUCGCGAUUUCAGAACUUGAUAAAGUGAAGGAUACACUUGAGAUGUGGCGCACCAAUCCCGACAUGUUCUUUCCACACAUAAAGCGGCAAGGCGAAGUCCUAACUCGGAUCGAGGUCCGCCCUCAGGCACCUUCGGAUCGUUCACGAGCCGAAGUGCAGAUGGACAAUGGGUUCAGGAUGUCCAUGCAUACGAUGACGAUCGCCCACGCAGCCUGGUCGGGGGCGGUCCAACUAUUCGAUGAUUUUGAAAGGAUGGGUAUCAAGACCCCCUCCGCACUAGAGAGGGCGUACAAGACAGAUGCAAAGUUCCUGUGGCGACUCGCGAGCUGCCUCGCUCAAGUAGGAGAGAUAAUAGAAAUGAUGACGGAGGACUUUUCUCUCCGUCUCGUUUCCUGCGAAGCGUUCCGUCCAUUUUUCAAUCUACGCAUCCCCGAAGAUGGGACAAGAGCCGUGGCAAAAUUGAAAAACGAGUACCGGGAUUCGAUACACCAAAGUCCAUUAUAUGGGCUAGACCGACUUGUUGGUUUCAGUGGCACGUCGUUGCAGGUGUUACCGUUUCUUCGUGGUUUAGGUGAAGCUCUUGAGAAUGAUCCCACCGAGAUCACCAAGUUCGACAACGCUUUGUACGACGAUUUAGGGGACCUAUCCGCUGCCUAUGAGUUCCAUUACAGCAUCCUCGACAGUGACUUUGGUAUCGAACUAAAGAGGCACGUCCUCGAGCUUGGCACGCAUGCGGAAGGCCUCGAGCAUGUUCCACACUUCCUAGACGAAGUCCUCUUCGUACAACCCAGAGGAGUCCCAGAUCAGUCUCAUCCCGAAGACUGGAAAGGAUAUUCAUCGUGGGGGUCUGUAGGAGUAUAUGUCCGUGGACAAUCUUUCUCUUUAGCCCUACCUUGGUUGCACUUCUCCAUAGUGCCCCUCAUCGACGCUUAUGCGAACGAUCCACGACCGGAAGUCUUCUAUGUCACGUUCGACGAGUUCUGGGCGGGUGUAGAUGAUUACGUCUACGGAGAGCAUUUUGCGGGGAUAUUGGACAGGCCUGAGUCCCCUGGUGCUGUACCAAAGCGACUUGGAUACCCUCGGUCCGACGAUUCAGAUCGACCCUCUGCGGCACGGAAUUUUAUCCAUACAUCUAGCCCAAUAUCAGUCGGCAACGGCGAGUCGUCGGACGACACUGUCUUGGAACUGUUUCUAGGAGCUUUGUCAAUAGGGAUACCGGGAGAGCCUGCAAUGUCGGGGCAUGCUUUUCGUACGGCCAUCAACGAGUUGUGUCCGCCGAAGAAGAAAGUGAAGGCUCGGAAAUCUGCGGUUCAGGUCGUCGGGAUUGAGCGCCCUCGGACACCUGAACCGGAGGUUUUGGAAGACUGGUCCGAACCGCUUGUAGAGUUCCUUCCAGAACAAUACCGGCUAGGAAAGAAGACUAUGAAGGUGUUCCACCAACUUCUUGAUUAUGACGAACAUGCCGGAGACAGCGCUGAAGCGAGAGAAAAGAGGGGGCAGCUACGUUGGCAAGAGUUUGAACGUGCAAUGAAACGCGUCGGUUUCGAAGUGAUCCAGUCUGCCGGAUCAUCCGUCCGGUUUGAUCCUCCUGCGAAGAGAGCCAGACCGGUCACAUUCCAUCGUCCCCAUCCUGAUCCCACAAUGAGUCCUUGGCUAAUGAAAUGGAUUGGUGCUCGUUUACGAAGGACCUAUGGCUGGACAGCUUCUACUUUCCAGCGACAGAUAUCCUCCAACGUAUGAUAUCCUUUCGGGUUCGUUUGACGACAUUAGCGGAAUAGCAUCUUAUUACAUUAGGGCGUACGCUA